AUGUCAUACAAUACACUGUCGACAAACGCCUUUCCUAUUUCAUCAUUCAUGGAGUUCUAUUCCAACAAUAAUAAUAGUAGUAAUAAUAAUGUUCCUAAUAAUCUCACAUCGACAAACUAUUAUGCAUCAAAUCAGACUGUACAUAUGAUGAACUCGUCGCCAUCCACAUCUUCUGCUUUCAUCAAAUCACCGCUGGAUACUCUGAGUUACACGCCACCACACUCACUCUACACAAGUCGUCAAUUUCACUCAAAACAUUCACCCAGUCAUCAAAACGGUGGCGACAACAGUGACGGACGUUUCAGUGGUCACCAUAGUCAACUUAAUGAGAAUGCACAUUACUCUGAUUCACUGUUAUUUCUUCAAUAUCAUAAUUAUAUUCAUCGACAAAAUGGAGAGAGGAGUAAUGUGACGCUGGAUGAAAGCAGUUCUCCACAGAUGAAAUCAACUCCACUUCACAGAGGCAGUCAACAUUCUCGUCACAAUCAUAAUCACCACCAUCAUCCUCCACAUCAUCGUCAUCCUCCUCCACCUAAUCAACGAUCAUCUCAUUUGGGAGAUAUUCAGUUGUGUGGUGGAGUUCUACACGGAGAAGUGAGUGGAGAAGAAGAUCCGAAACCGAAUUUCAGUUAUAUUGGAUUAAUAGCCAAAGCAAUAUUGAGUACUCAGGAAAGACGUAUGAUCCUCUCAGAGAUCUAUCAAUGGAUCCAACUACGUUAUCCAUAUUUUCGUACACGUGGUCCUGGUUGGCGUAAUUCAAUUCGACAUAAUCUAUCAUUGAAUGAUUGUUUCAUUAAAGUUGGUAGAGCUGACAAUGGAAAAGGACACUACUGGGGAAUACAUCCAGCCAACUUGAAAGAUUUUCUCAGUGGUGAUUUCAGAAGACGAAGAGCUCAGAGGAAGGUACGUCGAGCAUUGGGAUUGACACGUCCUGGUGAUCGAGACGAUGUGGAUGACACUGAUGAUGAUGACGAGGAGGGGCCGAUGGAGACGACGGUGAGGAGAAGAUAGGUGUAGAGAUGGGAGUGAAUGACAAAGCCAGUCGUUAUUCUCUAAUCACUUCUCAAAUUCCAUCAGCUCACUUCAUCUCACGACGAACUGUCAAACAUCCUUCAAAUGUA